CAAAACCAUAUACUCUUGCCAGAGUCGAUGUCGUUGUAAUCGCAUUUGUUCUUGCUCUUGCUCUACUUUUUAUAUACCUUUUUUUCAGACAAGCUGUCAGCAUAUACGCUACACAUCAUCCAAUACAUUAUUAAUCAACCAUGCCUGAGAAGAUGUCAACGCGCGGCUCUGGAGCCGUAAAGGGCGCACAAAAGUACCAGAACGCCUUUGCGUACACGCACAACAGGGGGUCCAAAACAACAAAAACCAUUCUUGCACUGCCCGUCGACGGCCUGUGCAAGCGCUGCACUGACCAGAUCCUGUGGAGAAAGCAGUACCGCAAGUACAAGCCCCUGUCGGUCGCCAAGAAGUGCGUAUGGUGCCAGCAGAAGAAGAUCACAAAGGCAUACCACGUUGUCUGCGACGGAUGUGCGAGGGAGAGGGUUGUGUGCGCCAAGUGCUUGGAAAAUAAGAACAUUAUCGAGGGCAUCAACGCAAAGACCCCCCAGGAUAUCCAGAAGGAGGAACAGGAGUUGGAGCGGAAGCUGGGUGGCAUGCGCGAGCGCCAGCGGAGAUCCUAUAUGCGGAAGAUCAACCGAGGCGACAUGAAGAUCUCCGAAGUCCCUGAGCCUGCCGAUAGCGACGACGAGAACGACAACUUUGAAUAUACUGACAGCGAGGACGAGGGCAAUGACAGCGAGAAUGAUGAGGGCAAUAACGAGGACAAGGAAUAGGUUUGCCAAUCAGCAGAACACAGCGGUUGAUAGAACUUGCUUUUUUUUCAGCAUGGAAAUAUACAUUUAAAAUAGUCGACAUGAAGACGACGCAGCGCUGCUCUUUG